AUGUCCAAACCUCCGAUCGUCCCUGAGACCACCGUGGCUGGUAUUGCGGUCGACCCGCGCACCCUCGAGCGCGUCAUCCCCGAAACCCGCAGGCCUGACGGGACCGUGCGCAAGCAGCUCAAGAUCAGGCCGGGGUACACGCCCCAGGAGGAUGUUCGCCGGUUCCGCGGCACGCGUCAGGCACAGAUGGACGCGACCAGCCUGCCCAAGGGGCAUGUCAUCGGCUGGACGCCCAAGCCCGCGGCU